GAGAGAGAGAGAGGACAUAGAAAGGGAGAGAGUCCCAGUAGAUAAUCGCACACUUUGCAGAAGGAGCGCGGAGACGCCGCACAACUAGUUUCUCCACACCGCUUUUACGCACAGACGCACCGGAGUUGCCUCUUGGAGAAGAUCUGGCUUCUUUUGCGCAACAGCGAACUGUUACCGAGAAAAAAGCUGAACGGAAAAUAUAUAUUUUGUCCCAAUCACACGUGACAUUGUGCAAAGGAUUUGAGAAUGCUUUAUCCGUGAAAGUGAAGAAGGACAAAACAUUUUGUCGUCUUUUCCACAUUUGGUCCAACUUGACGACUGUCGGUUUUUCCCUUUUUGUUUCAUUAGUAUCUGCCCGAGAGUUCUACUUUCUUUUACAUUUGUGUAUCGUCGGAGUGCACGAAGUGUGCGUUCCCACGCGCACAGUGAACGACAGCGGAGCGCAGCGGGCGGCCGCCGCGUCUGUGCGCAACGGAAUGGAGUUCUCAGGUGCAGAAGUGGGUUUAGACUAGAAAUCGCGCAGGGAUUGGGGUUUUCUUUCCGCUGAGAGGAAAACUGGUGUCACGCGCACACUCAGAGAAAUCCUGUGUUUUGAGCAGCGUGCUUUUCCUGGAGCGCUCAUAAGAAAAGCCGGCGCACGGAACUGGACUUAGGCCACUGUUGGUGUUGCACUUUGAGAUAAAUAAAGAAUUCAAGAGAGAGAGAAGAGACACUUUCCACAAUAAAACCAGAGAGGAGUGGACGACGUGUUUCUUUUUCUACACACCUGAGUGAAGAAGAUGGAUUUAUUUAUAUGGUUUUGUGGAUGUUUACUGGUUUUCCUUUCGCCCUCAGCAGCCAAAGCAGAGGAAGGAGCAUCUGAGCCAUGCGGCGGCUUCUUAGAUGCGAGUGAUGCUGGCUACAUCACCACACCUGGAUACCCACUGGAGUACCCACCUCACCAGAACUGCCGCUGGGUCAUCACAGCGCCUGAGCCUUCACAACGCAUCGUUCUCAACUUCAACCCGCACUUUGAGAUCGAGAAACUCGACUGCAGGUACGAUUAUGUAGAGAUCCACGAUGGGAACUCUGAGUCAGCUGACCUGCUGGGGAAGCACUGUAGUAACAUCGCCCCUGCACCAAUCAUAUCCUCAGGCCCCUCCUUGCACAUCAAGUUUGUAUCUGACUACGCACACCAGGGGGCAGGAUUCUCCCUGCGCUAUGAAAUCUUCAAAACAGGUUCAGACUGUUCCCGUAACUUCACAAGUCCCGCGGGGCUUAUUGAGUCUCCAGGUUUCCCUGACAAAUACCCUCACAACCUUGAGUGCUCCUUCAUCAUCAUCGUGCCCCCCAGCAUGGAUGUCAUGCUAAGUUUCCUCACAUUUGACCUGGAGAACGACCCCCUGCCAGGUGGAGAGGGUGACUGCAAAUAUGACUGGCUAGAAGUGUGGGAUGGACUCCCAGCAGUGGGGCCUCUGAUUGGUCGGUACUGUGGGACCAGGGUCCCUCCUGAAAUCCAAUCAUCUACUGGGAUUCUCUCUUUAUCGUUCCACACGGACAUGGCUGUGGCUAAAGAUGGCUUCUCUGCACGAUACAACAUGACACACAAGGAAGUCAGUGAGACUUUCCACUGUAGUAAUCCAUUUGGAAUGGAAUCAGGAAAGAUUACAGACGACCAAAUCUCAGCCUCAUCAACUUUCUAUGAUGACCGCUGGCUUCCCCUUCAGGCUCGACUCAACUUCAACAACAACGCAUGGACACCCAGUGAAGACAGCAACAAGGAGUACAUACAGGUGGACCUCCACGUUUUGAAAGUCAUUACAGGAAUCGCCACACAGGGUGCCAUUUCAAAGGAAACGCAAAAGUCUUAUUACGUCACUACCUUCAAGUUGGAGGUCAGCACCAAUGGAGAGGACUGGAUGUUCUACAGGCAUGGGAAGAACCACAAGGUCUUCCAUGCUAACACUGAUCCCACAGAGGUUGUGCUGAAUCGAAUACCACAGCCAGUCCUGGCCCGCUUUGUACGUAUCAGACCUCAGACCUGGAAAAAUGGCAUUGCACUGCGCUUUGAGCUUUAUGGCUGUCAGAUCACAGACGCUCCUUGCUCAGAGUUGCAAGGCAUGUUGUCUGGGCUGCUGCCUGACUCCCAGAUCUCUGCGUCCUCCAUGAGGGACAUCCAUGGCUCCAUGGGUGCAGCCAGGUUGGUGGCCAGUCGGUCAGGCUGGUUUCCAAACCCAACUCAGCCCAUAGCUGGAGAAGAGUGGUUACAGGUGGACCUUGGUGUGCCCAAGAUGGUGCGUGGCAUCAUUACCCAGGGUGCAAGAGGACUUGAAGGCAGCACCAGUGCUGAGAAUAGAGCGUUCGUCAGGAAGUACAAACUGGCACACAGCUUGACGGGCAAAGAAUGGACAUUCAUCAUCGACAGCAAGACCGGAUUUGCAAAGAUUUUCGAGGGGAACAGCCACUACGAUACUCCGGAGGUGAGAAGGUUUGAUGAGUUGGUGGCCCAGUACAUCAGAGUCUUUCCAGAGAGGUGGUCCCCUGCUGGGAUAGGCAUGAGGAUGGAGGUCCUCGGCUGUGACCUGCCUGAAACCACAACUGUACCUGACACAGCCACACCCACCCUGCCGAGAGUGGAACAGACCACAGCUGUAAUACGACCUGCCACUACACCAUCUCUGUCCUCUGUAUGUGACUUUGAGCUGAGCUUAUGCGGUUGGUCGGCUGAUCCUCACUCAGGUGUGAGCUGGUCUCUGCACACAGCCGACAGUAGUUCCACUGGGCACGGCACACAUGGAACAAGGCUGGAUCUGGCACUGGGAUCAGACAACUUCUCAGGGAAUUAUCUCCAUCUGGAUGCUGGUGCUCACACACAGCGCAAACGAGCCCGUCUGCUGAGCCCUGAAGUGGGGCCGGAACAAGGCCCGCUCUGCCUCCUCUUCUACUAUCAGCUCCUGGGGGAGGCUCAAGGGAGCCUUCGGGUCCUACUGAGGGACAACGAGCAGGAUGAGACACUGUUGUGGGCUCUAAAAGGAGAUCAGGGGCCCCAGUGGAGAGAGGGUCGCACCAUCCUGCCUCAAAGCCCCAGGGAGUAUCAGGUGGUGUUUGAAGGCUUUUUUGAGCACCCGACCAGAGGCCACAUCAGAAUAGACAACAUUCACAUGAGUAACAGCAUUGAGCUGGAGCAGUGCACACAGCCUUUCCCUGCCUUCCCUCCUGAUAUGACUGACCCAAGACCAAUUGACUUUGGAAGAGAUGCUGUUUUCAACCACAGGCCUCGUAUCAACGGAGGCUACAUCUUUCCUGGGUGGCCAUCCUCUUCCUCCACCCCCUCCUCCUCUGAUGUGGAUCCCCCGUCCGUCACCCUGGUAUCAGAGAAAGACAACGCCUGGCUGUACACGCUGGACCCCAUCCUCCUCACCAUCAUCGUGAUGAGUUCGCUUGGCGUGCUGCUCGGGGCAGUGUGCGCCGGACUGCUCCUCUACUGCACGUGCUCCUACAGUGGGCUGUCCUCGCGCUCCUCCACAACGCUGGAGAACUACAACUUUGAGCUUUAUGAUGGGAUUAAACACAAAGUAAAAAUUAACCAGCAGAGGUGUUGCUCAGAGGCAUGAGGAGCAGGAGAACCCACGGCAAUUUGAAAAACAGAAGCAGCACUAUGUAUUUUUGGAACCUCCAGUGCCCUCUGCCUAGUAUUUUUGAUCUGAUGUCUAAAGGGGUUUCCCGACCUAUUUGUGUGUCAGAGGGACUUUGUGAACUUGAUCCCCCUAAAUGCUUUGAGGCCUAAUCUGGGAGAAGAUCUGAUCCCAGUCUCCCUACCUACCAUAGCUCCUCUGCCUGCAGGAGAGAGUCUGCUCGAUUUAAAAGUCUGUGAAUGAAGGAAUGAAUAAAUGAAUGAUUAAAAUGAAUGAAGCUCUAUUUUAGAAUAUAACCCACCGUCCACUGGAUGAUGCUCGAGAGGGAGUGGACCUCUUCAAUACUCUGAGCAUUUGGACUACUGAUGACACCUCAGAUUGGGAAAUUUGGUUAAACUGUUACUGGUGACAUUCAUAAUGAAGGCAGAAAUGUCAUUCACUGAUGCAGAGUGUCAAUGACAAAUUUGUCCUCAUUGGCUUGAAGUUGGAGGUGGUCAGUAGAGCAUGGCAUGGAAAAAUCAAAUGUUCCACCUUCUGACUGUACGUGACAGCUUCAGCAAUGCAUCCAGUGGACCACUAAUGUGAGUCAUCUCAACUGAAAUCAACACAUAUCAAGUGAAUGCCUACAUUUUAAAAAUGAUAUAAACCAACACAACUCAAAAGAGGCGAGAUUUCUAAAGGCCAUGAAGGAAAAGAAUGAACAAGAAGGGACAGUUUCUUUUGUAUUUUUUAUUGUUUUUUUUUUUUUUUCUGGAGUUUUUCAAUAUGAGUUGUGUUCCAGGAGUUCUUUAAAACAUCUGGUAGCCUGCCACAGGACACUCGCUUGCUCCUUUGUCCGCUCUCAGUCUGCGAUUUGUGAAACCGGUGUCAUAGACGAGUAAUGGUGACUGUUUUUGUUCUGUUUUAGACUUGUGUCUGUUAGUGAGAAGAGGUGGGGAAAAGUCAGCUUUUGUUUGUAGCCGCUUGUGUCAUCUUUAGAUUUUCUUUAGCAUUGUAUUGAAUUCCAUGAUCUUAAUGGUUAUCUCACACUUCCUCGAUUUUGAACGCAUAUUUCCAUUUUAGAUUAUGAGUCUUUAAAAAGAGUAGAGGAAAGGUAAAGACGGGGAAGAGAAAAUCAAAGGUUUAAAUCUAACAUGCUGUUAUGGAGUUGUGCUUUAGAUUCAGUAUUCUAGAGUUUGUCUUUGCUAUAUAUAUAUAUAUAUAUAUAUAUAUUUUUGCUUUCCAGACUGUAUGAUGCCCACACAUGGACAGACACUGUGCAAACAAAAUGUCAGUGAUUGUUUUAUUGCAACCUAUGGAUUGCCAAAGAUCUGUGCACGUGCACAGUGAAUACACAUUCAGAGCAGCUUAGAGGUAGUAGAACACAGACUGAGAACCACAGAGUGUUAAAUAAUAUCACCCCCAAAUGAAGAGAAGGAAAAGGAAAGAGUUAGAGUUUGAACAACUGGGAGUGUGUGUGUGUGUGUGUGUGUGUGUGUGUGUGUGUGUGUGUGUGUGUGUGUUGGGUCUUCGAGAGGAGAAAGGUAAAUCACACCAUUGACUUUCUUGGACACACAAUUGAGCCUUAAGCUAACUACAGUAAACGCUGUAUCGGAGGACAGCCAUCGAGGAGGGCCAGUGCUGCUGAGCAGAAUGACACACACAUGCACACACACACAUGCACACAUUUAUAUAAUUAAAUAGAAAACACUCAAUGUCCCAGUAUAAGCCCUGUUAUUCUGCAACUUAAUGCUCUGAAAACAAUAAAAAAUAAAACUGAUUUUAAAUAAUAAUAAUGUUACAAAUGUGUCUAAAUAUCAUCUGCACAAACAUCUGUAUUCUCUUAAGAGAACUCAGAACAUGAAGUUCUAAGACAAUAAUGAAUGUGUUGUACAUUUGGAGGAACCACAACAUUCCCAAUAUUACAUUAUGGACCACUUUAUCACUCAUAGUGCACAUAUCCACUGUUUGUCUUUCUUUUGUGUGUCCUAGAGUUGUAUAAUUAGGGAAUAACCCCGUUGUGUCUGAUGAUUUGCGGACAGCAAUGCUGGAUUUUACGGUUGCAAAUUGAUUU